AUGACAGACAACGAGAGACCCCGCGCGACUUACAGCGAUCCUUUCGAGCGCGACACCCGCCGCGCGCCCCGCGAAGCUCGCGAUCGAGGCGGCACACCCACCGAGCGACGAGGCAACCGGUCGCGCAGCCCCCACGAGCGCGGCAGUCGACGCGACGCGCGCUACCGCUCAAGGUCGCCUUUCCGCAAAGACGAGCGCGACAGCGGAAGCAGGGGAGGACAAGGGCGAGGCCGUGGUCACGACCGCGGACGGGGCCGCGACGAUAGGCGGGCUGGAGGCAGAGAAGGCCGAGACGAAGAGCGCCCAUCCCACCGAGACAACCGCGACCGCUCACCCCCGAAAGGCCCUCGUAACCCCGGAAAACCCCCCGUCCACGGUCCCAACGCCGCACGCCCUCCUACCGGCCCUCGCUCCUUUGCCCCCAACGCUAUCAAGAAGGAAGAGGCCGAAGCCGACGAAGACAAGCCGGACGUUGAGAUGGCAGAUACACGACAGAAGCCUGACGACAUGGACGACGACGAGUGGGAGAUGCUCAAGGUCAUGGGAUUCGGAGGGUUCAAGAGCACAAAGAAUACAAAGGUUCCGGGCAACGAUAAGAAUUUUGGCGUGAGGAAGGACAAGCAGUUGCAGGCUAGGCAGUAUAUGAACAGACAGGGUGGAUUCAACAGGCCGUUGAGUCCCAGUCGGAUGUAG